AUGGCUGAAAUACACGACCAAUUCGACACCGUCCUCAUCCUCGAUUUUGGAUCACAGUACAGCCAUCUUAUCACUCGGAGAUGUCGAGAGCUCAACGUCUACGCGGAGCUCAUGCCUUGCACGCAGAAGAUCAAGGAACUCAAAUGGAAACCAAAGGGCGUCAUCCUUUCUGGAUCCCCCUACUCCGUGUAUGACUCGGACGCCCCACAUGUCGAUCCUGAGAUCUAUGAACUCGGUGUACCCAUCCUUGGCAUAUGUUAUGGUCUUCAGGAAAUGGCCUGGACCAUGGGCGGAAAAGUAGCCCAGUGCGACCACCGGGAGUAUGGCUUUGCCCAAGUGCAGAUAAGCAAAAUCGGGGGCGACAACGCCUCCGUGGAUGCGCUGUUCGAAGGACUGGGAGAUGAGAUGCAGGUAUGGAUGUCCCACGGCGACAAGCUCUCCACACUUCCCCCCGAUUUCCAUAUCAUUGGCCGCACGACGAACGCGCCCUUCGCCGCCAUCGCCCACAACUCCAAGCCGUUCUACGGCAUCCAGUUCCAUCCCGAAGUAACGCACUCGCCCCGCGGGAAGGAAGUGGUCAGCCGAUUCGUGCUCAGCAUCUGUGGCUGCAAAUCAAACUGGACCAUGGAAGAAUUCAUCGGCAAGGAGAUCGCGCGCAUUCGCGACAUAUGCGGCCCGACUGGCCGUGUUAUCGGUGCCGUGAGCGGCGGCGUCGACAGCACCGUCGCGGCGAAACUCAUGCACGAGGCCAUCGGCGACCGCUUCCACGCCAUCAUGGUGGACAACGGCGUGCUCCGGCUGAACGAAGCGCCCCAGGUGAACGACAUGCUCAACAAGGACCUCGGCGUGAACCUCACCGUCGUCGACGCGUCCGACCUCUUCCUGUCGCGCCUCGAGGGCGUCGAGGACCCCGAGCAGAAGCGCAAGAUCAUCGGCAACACGUUCAUCCACGUCUUCGAGGCCGAGGCCGCGAAGAUCGAAGCUGCCGCUGAGGCGGAGGAGAAGAACGGCGCUGCGGCAAAGGGUAAGAUCGAGUGGCUGCUGCAGGGCACGCUCUACCCGGACGUCAUCGAGAGCAUCAGCUUCAAGGGCCCGAGCGCGACGAUCAAGACGCACCAUAACGUUGGCGGGCUCCUCGCGGACAUGAAGCUCAAGCUGAUCGAGCCCCUCCGCGAGCUCUUCAAAGACGAGGUCCGCGCCCUCGGCCGUCUUCUCUCCAUCCCCGCGCCCCUCGUCCAGCGCCACCCCUUCCCCGGGCCCGGCCUCGCUAUCCGCAUCCUCGGCCCCGUCACGCGCGAACAGGUCAAGAUCCUACAGCACGCCGACAGCAUCUACAUCGAGGAGAUCCGUCGCGCCGGGCUCUACGACCAGAUCAGCCAGGCGUUCGCCGUCCUGCUGCCCGUCAAGGCCGUCGGCGUCAUGGGUGACAAACGGACGUACGAGCAGGUCAUCGCUCUUCGUGCAGUCCAGUCCGAGGACUUCAUGACCGCCGACUGGUACGUCUUCCCCGCAGAAGUCCUCAGACGCAUAUCCUCCCGCAUCACGAACGAGGUCACUGGCAUCAACCGCGUCACCUACGACAUCUCGUCAAAGCCACCCAGCACGGUCGAGUGGCUAUGACAGCGUUUUGCGCACAGUUAACUUAGAAGAGCAGAACCAAAAAGCAACUACCAGCCCGCGGUGUAUCCCGUGAUGUAUCCAGUAGUAGACCCUCCGAAAAUAGACAGUGUAAGAUCGAGCACUC